AUGGAGAGACCAGAGGGCCGACCCAACCCUUUGGAUUCACCUGAAGGUUUAUCUGAAGAAGAUGAACGCGACGAAGAUGAAAAUCCUUUUCAUGAUCGUGUUGUUCAUGGUCCACAUCAUGACAGAUUGGAAGAUAGGUUGGUUAAAGCCCUGGAUUUGAAUUCUGGUGGCGUGAAGGUUGAAGUGAGUGAUAUGUCUGGAAGGAUGCACGCGGAAGAUUUCCUAGAUUGGGAAACUAGCAUAGAGAACUACUUCGAAUGGAAGCCUAUAGCUGAAGAUCGGAAGGUGUUGUUUGUAAAGUUGAAGCUGAAGGGAAUGGCUUUGCAAUGGUGGAAAAAGCUGGAAGAACAGCGUACAAGGCAAGGCAAAGAGAAAAUCAGGUCAUGGGAUCACAUGAAACAGAAGUUGCGGAAGCAAUUUCUUCCACCUGAUUAUUUGGUAACGUUGUAUGAAAAGUUUUAUAACUUUCGUCAACGUGCACUAAGUGUUGAGGAGUAUACAACAGAGUUCUAUAAUAUUUAUUUAAGAGUUGGAUUGAAUGAGACACUCGAACAACUUGCAGCAAGAUAUAUCCUGGGUCUAAACAUAGGAAUUCGAGAAGAGUUUGGUCUCCUACGGGUUACCAACCUGGUAGAUGCUUAUCAAUUUGCUCUGAAGGCAGAGGAGAGAGUGAAUCAACGUUCAAAGAACCGAAACUCUGCGAGCCGAAUGAAAGCCACAUCCAACUGGAGUAGAACUGCACCAAAAGCAUCAGUUUGGAGUAACAAGAGCAAAGAAGGGGCCAGCACCUCAACAACAACUCCAACUGCAAGCGGAGUGCCCAAAGUCGGCACUCGUUUGGUGGCCAAGUGUUAUACAUGUGGAGGAGAUGAUCGUAUGACUUACACUUGUCCACAAAAGCGGGUUAAUUUCAUUGAAGAUGGUAGUGACGAAGGAUGGUUUGGAGACCCUAAGUAUGAUGAAUCGGAGGGUGAAGAGGAAGACUUGAUGUCAGUGAGAGGGGAGAAUCUGGUUGUCCGCAGAAUUCUUAUGUGUCCUAGGGUUGAUGACGAGGAGGAAGAUUGGCGUCGAAAGAGUAUUUUUCGCACACAAGUUUUCUGUGGUGGUAAGGUUUUCAAACUGAUUUUAGAUGAUGGAAGUUGUGAGAAUAUAGUUUCUCAAGAAGUUGUAGACAAGCUAAGUCUGUUAACCAAGAAACACCCUCACCCAUAUAAGAUUGCUUGGUUUAAGAAAAGAAACGCAGUACCUAUCACGAAAAGAUGCUUAGUGAAGUUUUCUAUUGGCAAUUUUGAAGAUGAAGUGUGGUGUGAUGUUGCACCUAUGGAUGCUUGUCACAUACUAUUAGGCAGACCUUGGUUGUUUGAUAAGAAGAUGACCCACUUGACUGAAGCUAAUACUUACAGUUUCGUGUGUAACGGAAAUAAGAUGACGUUGCAUCCUAUGAAGGAAGAAGACGUGCAAGGUGGAAGAGAAGAGAAGGGGCAGUCAACAAGUUUAUUAACUUGUAAACAGUUUCAGAAUGAAUGCAAAGAAACUGGUGUGAUCUAUGCGCUAAUGUGUAAAUCAACAUCUGAUAUUGUCCUGGAAAGUCAUGAACAACCUUCUGAAAUCACUGAAUUGUUGAAACUUUUCGAAGAACUUGCGCCUAGAGAGCUACCGAAUAUGCUGCCUCCAAUGAGGGACAUACAACAUGCCAUUGACUUGGCGCCAGGAUCUGCGCUACCUAACUUGGAAGCGUAUAGGAUGCCUCUUGCACAUCGAUUGGAGAUACGAAGACAAGUAGAGGAGUUAUUGAACAAGGGUUUGGUCAAGGAGAACAAAAGUUUGUGUGUUGUACCAGCCUUAUUGACUCCCGAGAAAGAUGGUUCUUGGUGA